GUCUGUGUCCCCUGAUGGAAGAAAAAAUCUCUUUUGGGAUGUUAUGAGGUUAUGCAGGUGGCACCAUUGUUAUGUUCUUCUAACCAUUGAAGGACUUGUUGUUCCUGUGGGAACAGUGUUGUCAUUGUCAGCGUGGAAACACAAAAUGUAUCCUGAGGGACACAAAUGGAACUACGUGAACAUGUAGUCCUCAUUCUGCAGAUUUUAUUAAGCAUGAGGCAGGACAUAAGAAAAAUAAUUAGACUAAAGGCCUGUUUUAGUCAGUAUAAUAUACAAGUGGAUCUAAAACAAAGAUUCAGACAGACAGUAAAUGAUUGGCAACCUUUUGUUUAAGUAAUUUUUUGGGGGAAAAAACAUUUCAUAGUUCCAGCUUCAAAAAAGGAGAAAGAUUUAACGUUUUUCAUUUUAUUUAUUUAUUUUUUCUGCAAAGUAUUCUUUUACUCCUUUUACUUUAGGUACAUUUUCCAGGUCAUACUUAAAUACCUUUGCAUAGGUAUAACCUUUUAAAUGUAGUACUCAUAAACAACAGUAUUUUCACGGUGUAGUAUUAGAUUAUAGAUUGUAAUUGGUGGUCCUACGCAGCUUCACUUAUUUAACAAGUGUUCAAGGUCAAAUCCAAGGAAGCACCAACACCAUCAGAUGGGGACAAGGAAUGUGUUUUAAAAAUAAAAAAAGUUUCCUUUUCUUAUUUCAUAUACAGCAUCUUUGUUGGUAUAAGAGUUUGAAACACAUUGCUUUUUACAUAGCUGUUUUUGAAAUUUGAAAUAAUGUAAAAAAAGCUUUGUGUCUUAUAAAACCUCUGGUAUACAGACUUAAAACUGGCCCUAUCUCGUUUGUUCUGUGUUUGACACAUCGAAGGACGUUUUCGGAAGUAGCAAUUCAGUUUCACAAAGUCUACCACCCUCAUUUUAAUGAAGACAAGGUAACUAAAAUCUUCACAGAAAAAUUUCAAGGACACUUCUGUCUACCACAAAGUGUUCAUGUAGUAGCAUAACAUCUUACAUCUAUCUGCAUUAUAAGAGGAAACCCCUUUUCCAAAUGUCAAGAUAAUUACCAUCUGUAGUUUUUAGCUUUUGCAGUUGGGUUUGAGUUGUUCUCAAUCCACACAUUUUAAUCUUAUAUUACCUUUUAAUAUCUGGUCGUGACUGUAAAAGGGAGGUUUAGUACAAGACGUCAAUGAUGACCUUGACUGUAGUUGACUGACUUUUUAAAUGUAUCAUAUCCCAUUACAGUGGUCUGUUUAAUUGACUGCACGCAUCCCCCCAUUCCUUGUCUUCAGCUCGGCAUGUCUUGAUAACUUCCAUGCACUUUUCUUGAGUUUGUCGCCACCAGAAAACCCUCCACCAUGGCCGUCCAUAUACCAGGCCUGAUAAUGAUGGUCAUCUUCUACCUGCUGGUGUUGGGAGUCGGCAUCUGGGCGUCUGUUAAAUCGAAAAAGAUGGAGAAAAAUACCAACAGUGGACAGCUGGAAGUUUCUUUUCUGGCUAACCGGAGGGUGAGCUUGGCGAUGGGAGUCUUCUCAAUGACGGCUACUUGGGUUGGCGGUGCCUUUAUCAUUGGAGUUGCAGAGUCGGUUUAUGACCCCACAAAGGGACUCAUCUGGGCUCUUAUUCCUCUGCAAAUGUCAGUUUCCUUUAUUAUUGGUGGACUGUUCUUUGCAAAGCCAAUGCGGGACAAUAACUACAUCACCAUGAUGGAUCCAUUUCAGAAGAAGUAUGGGAAAACUCUGACCGCAGUCCUUGCCACUGUCCCAUUCAUCAGCGAACUGAUGUGGGUUCCAGUCACAUUGAUAUCCUUGGGGGUUACUGUUAGCGUUUUCGCAGAUCUACCUUUGAGUCUUUGCAUCUGGAUCUCCUCUGCAGUAGCUAUCAUCUACACUGUUCUUGGAGGACUCUAUUCGAUAGUUUUCACCGAUGUCGUGCAGCUGUCAUUGGUAUUUUGUAGCUUGUGGCUGUGUGCCCCCUUUGUUCUGGCUAGUGAAGUUUAUACUGACAUCACUCAAACAGCUCUCAACCACACCAAUCAGGCCUCCUGGAUUGGCCACAUUGAGUCUGAUGAAGUGUGGAGAUGGAUUGAUAAUUUCCUAGCAAUGAGUGUUGGAAAUCUGGCAUUUCAAGACUUCCACCAAAGGACUCUUUCAUCCAGCUCCACGUCUACAGCUAGGAUGAUCUGUUUUAUAGCGGCAGGUGUCGUCCUCCUUCUUGGAAUUCCACCUGUGCUGAUCGGUGCUGUUGCAGCCUCAACCGACUGGAACUCCACCACAUAUGGUUGUCCUUCUCCGUAUGAGCGAGGAGAGGCGGCCAUGGUGUUGCCCAUAAUCCUUCUGCAUCUUACCCCAACGGCCAUUUUUGUUGUUGGCAUGGGAGCCAUCGCCGGUGCAGCAAUGUCUUCCACUGACUCGUGCCUGUUGGCAGCAACCGCCAUCUUCACCACCAACAUCUACAAGAUCAUCAGACAUCAGGCAUCGCACAGAGAGCUGCAGUGGGUGAUUUGCGUCUCCAUAGCGGUGGUAGGGAUUGUGGGAACUUCCCUCACCUACCUGGACAGCAGCAUCUUGGCUUUCUGGAUCCUGAGCUCAGAUCUGACUUACACCAUAAUGCUCCCGCAACUCAUCUGCGUCCUCUUCAUCAGGGUUUCCAACGGCUACGGGGCCACUACAGGCUAUGUCGUUGCUAUUGUGAUGAGAGUUUUGUGUGGAGAACCCGUGUUCAAUCUUCCUGUCAUCCUGCAUUUCCCAGGUUGCACUUGGAAGGACGAUGUUUACAUUCAGCACUGGCCUUUUAAGACUACUUGCAUGCUGUCUGCUUUGAUCUCCAUUGUGAUAAUUUCCUAUGUGGCUUCAUUCCUGUUCAACAAGAAUAUCCUUCCUGAGAGGUGGGACGUGUUCAAGGUGAAAUACCAGAAAACACCAGCAGAUGGAGAAAAGGCUGCUGCUCGUAAUGAAAAUGAACCAAUGCUUGAAACAGGUUGCUAAUAUUACAUUUCUAUUGACUUAAUGUCCUAUUUUCUUUUUGUAACAUUGUUUUUGUUGUAAAUAAUGUUCAUCAAAUACCAAUCACUUUUAUGAUAAGAAAACAAAGAAUUCAUAAGUAAUUACUACAUUUCUAUUCCUUCUGCACUUCGGCUUCCACACAUGGGAUUAUUAAUGAUGUCUGCAUAAAUCGGAUACACAAUAGAGAGGCCAAUACAACUGAUUUUUAAUGUUCAAUAAAAUACAAAACACUAACAGAUCAAAUUUUUAUUUUAAAUUAUUUUUUUAUUAGAAAGAAAGUCAUGGAAACAAAUCCCCCCAAACCAGUUAUCUGUUGGUGUUGGUGCUUCCUGGGAUUUCACCUAAACACUUGUUAAAUAGGUUAAAUAGGUGAGGCUACAUAGGACGACCAAUUACAAUCUAUAAGCUUUAUGACACAAAUAUUGAAGUAACAGCAGGAACCUGUCACUACACACCACAUAUAUCAACAAAGACGUGUGACAACAGGUUCACAUAUUAUAGUUUUUUUUUAAAGUCACAAAACAAAAAAACAAUACCAUGAAAAUAUGCUCAUAUAUUAUUAUUUUUGUUUCUUUUGAAUUUAUACAUGAUUUAGAAUUGUAAAAAAGCAAAUAUAUUUAAAUACAUUCCUCUUUAUGUGAUAAGUAUUUCCUGGAUCACUUACAACUAUUCAUUGCGCUGCCUCUAAAGAAAUCCCACAACAGCUUUGCAGUUUAGUAUAUACUGUACAUGAAGCAUAUCAAAAAGCACUAUCAAAAUACACUGUUGCUGGAACAUUAAUAAGCUUAUCUGAAAAUAAUUUUCCGUAUAUUUUAUGCCACAGAAUGUUCUUUACUCUUAAAUGAUCGUCUUAAUCACUAAUGUACUUUGAGGCUUGGUAGAAAUAAUUAAAUAGCUAUUGUGGAAAGCAAACUUAACAUCUGUAUAAAAUCAAUACAAUUUCUAAUAAAACUGAAGAAAUAAUUCAAUAUGUUUUAGUUGUGACCAAACACAGAAACACUCUAAAGAGAGGGUACAGUGUUUGCACUGUGUGGAGGAAUUCUGCUCUGCAGAAACGCAUCUUGUUCAGCAACACCCUGAGGAUUUUUUCUGAGGGGGAUCUUUGUGUAACACCAUGGCUUCCUCUCUUGUGUCGUGUUUUUGACUCAACAUCCUGUCAGCAACAACACAAAUAGUGUCAUGUUGGCAAUAAACAUUACAACACAAAUCAUUUGAAAGGACAUGUACUUAAUAUAGGUAUGGUAAACAGGAAAGUGAUAUGUGUUACCUGGCCACAGUUUCCAAGCCCUGAACAACGUUUUCCCCCGUGACGGCGCUGCACUCCAUGAAUUCAAAGUUAUAUUCCUGUGAAAGCAAACCUGCUGUUUUAAUGGGAAUGCUUAAUCAUUUAAAACAACCACAUGAUUGAGUUUUUGUCUGAGCUAAAAGUGUAUGAGCAUGUCCAAACCUUAGCAAGAAUCUCCGCCUCAUGAGUUUUAACCUGCCGCUCUGUACGAUCACUCUUAUUGCCCACAAGUAAAAUGUUCACGUCUUCUGCAGCCCCUUCCUGCAAAACAAAGAUUAGAUUUAUUAUUGUUUGGAUUUAAUCAAA